AUGACAGCACCGACAAUAGCGCCGACAAACACUGUUAUACUCAAAUUCUGCAAACGAAUAACACGCCGACAACAGCGCCUACUACAACGUCGACAAACACGUCGACAACAGAGCGCCGACAACAGAGCGCCGACAACAGCGCCGACAACAACGUCGACAAACACGCCGACAACAGAGCGCCGACAACAGCGCCGACAACAACGUCGACAACAGAGCGCCGACGAAAGCGCCGAUAAUAGCUCCGACAAUAGCGCCGAUGACAGCACCGACAACAGCGCCGACAACAGCUCCGACAACAGCGCCGACAACAACGCCGACAACAGCGCCGACAACAACGCCGACAACAGCGCCGACAACAGCACCGACAACAGCGCCGACAACAGCACCAACAACAGCACCGACAACAGCGCCGACAACAACGCCGACAACAGCGCCGACAACAGCACCGACAACAGCGCCGACAACAGCACCAACAACAGCACCGACAACAGUGCCGACAACAGCGCCGACAACAUAAAUGACAACAGUGCCGACAACAGCACCGACAACAGCGCCGACAACAGCGCCGACAACAGCACCGACAACAGCGCCGACAACAGCUCCGACAACAGCACCGACAACAGCGCCGACAACAGCACCGACAACAGCGCCGACAACAGCACCGACAACAGCACCGACAACAGCGCCGACAACAGCACCGACAACAGCGCCGACAACAGCACCGACAACAGCACCGACAACAGCACCGACAACAGCGCCGACAACAGCUCCGACAACAGCACCGACAACAGCGCCGACAACAGCGCCAACAACAGCGCCAACAACAGCUCCGACAACUGCGCCGACAACUGCUCCGACAACCAAGCGUUACAUGCCGAUAAGAAAAUAUUUUAA